AUGACUGUGGCCCCUGUGAUUGCGCUCUCACAUGGCGGAGGUCCCCUCCCGAUCCUUGGUGAUCCCUCUCACAAGGACAUUGUUUACUCUCUAAAGAACCGAGUGCCCAAGAUUUUGAAGCUCGGCACUCCUGAGCAGCCCCGUGCCAUUGUCCUCGUUACGGCGCAUUGGUCGACGGACAAGCCGACCAUCUCGUCUGCGGCAUCUCACGAGCUUUAUUAUGACUACUACAACUUUCCAUCUGCGGCUUACUCGCUCAAGUACCCAGCGCCAGGCCAGCCAGAGAUUGCGCGCGAGGUCAAGGCUUUGCUGGAAGAGCAGGGCCUUGCCUCAGUUCUCGACGGAGAGAGAGGGUGGGAUCACGGCGUGUUCAUCCCGAUGCUGCUGGUGAAUCCAGAAGCCAAUGUGCCGAUUGUGCAGGUUUCCGUGCUGGAAUCUGAAGACCCGGAGCAGCAUCUGCGGAUGGGCGCCGCGCUAUCAAAGCUUCGCCAGAACAACAUUGCCGUUGUUGGUUCCGGCUUUGCUUCCCUGCACAACUUCCAGGCUUAUAGUGAGCUGCGGUCUGGAUCACCCGCCAGGAUGAAGCAGUGGAAGGAUAAGAUCAACCAGUGGAACGGCGCGUUGACUCAGGCAGUUGGUGCGGAGAGCAAGGAGGAGAGGUGGCGGAGAGUGGCGGGCUGGCGAGAUCUGCCGCAUGCGAAUGACAUGCACCCGCCGAGGCGAGGAGAGCAUUUCAUGCCAUUGAUUGUGUGCGCUGGGGCGGCGCUGGAGGGAGAGAAGGUGGGCGUUUAUGAGGAUACUUAUAUGGGGAGCGGGAUCAAUACGUAUUACUGGGGGGCGGAGACGGUUGCUUAG